AUGCCCCCCGUCCAACGGCCAAUCUCGCGGAUCCUCAUCGCCAACCGCGGUGAGAUCGCCAUUCGCAUUCUUCAAGCAUGUACCGAACUCCCAAACCCUCCAGAAACUUUUGUUAUCUAUACGGAGUCAGACACCACGCAUGUCAGUCUCGGGCGGCCAGAUCAUGCAGUCAAAGCUCCCUCGCCCGCAUCUUAUAUGAAUAUUGAUUUUAUCAUUGGCAUCGUCAAGGACAAUCAAAUCGACGCCGUCCAUCCCGGCUAUGGAUUUUUGAGUGAAAGUGCCGAAUUCAGCCGGAGAUUGUGGGAAGAGGCCAACUGUUUGGUGGUUGGUCCUGGCUGGGAAGUGCUCGAUAGAACCGGCGACAAGUUGAAAGCCAAGGCUUUGGCCAUGGAAUGUGAAGUCCCCGUCCUGAAGGCCAUGGACCGACCAACAGGAAACGCGAAUGAUGUGCGCACCUUCGCUACCCAAGUUGGUUAUCCCUUGAUGAUCAAGGCGGUUGAUGGAGGUGGUGGUCGAGGUAUUCGCCUGGUCAAGAGUCAAAAUGAUCUUGACAAUGCCGUUCAGAGAUGCAUUGCUGAAUCACCAAGCAAGACUGUCUUUGCAGAGCAAGCUGCGGUCGAUGGUUUCAAACAUAUCGAGGUUCAAAUCAUCGGCGAUGGGAGAGGUGGCAUCAAGCACCUUUGGGAACGAGACUGCAGUGUUCAAAGAAGAUUCCAAAAGAUCGUCGAAAUUGCCCCUGCCCCUGUACAGCGACGGAAGGUCAUUGCUCAAGUCAUCGACUCUGCUGUCAGAAUGGCAAGAAAGUUGAGAUAUCUCGGUCUGGGAACUUGGGAGUAUCUUGUCAAUGUCAAGUCAAGACAGUUCUUCUUCCUAGAGAUCAACCCCAGAUUGCAGGUCGAACAUACCAUUACCGAAUCACUUACCGGCGUCGACAUCGUUCGUGAGCAAUUGCUAUUUGCUCAAGGAUUGCAAGACUCUGAAGACUUGAGGUUGGCCGAGUGGUGGGAAGCCGACAAAGCUCCUCCAGCAGCUUCAAUCCAGCUGAGACUAUGCGCCGAGGAUCCAACAUCUGGCUUCUCCUUGAGUAUUGGCAAGGUCACAGAUAUCCACCUUCCUUCAGGCAAUGGAGUUAGAGUGGAUACCCAUCUAUCAAGAGGUGGCGUCGUGGGAUCCGACUUCGACAAUAUGAUGGCCAAGAUCAUUGUCACGGCCUCAACAUUCUCAGCCGCGAUAGCAAAGGCUAAACGAGCGCUGGCAGAUACCAAGAUCGUUGGGGUCAAGACUAACUUGAAUCUUCUUCGAGCAAUCGUCAAUGACAAAGUCUUCGCCUCUGGCAACACAGACACCAGUUGGCUCGAGAAGAACCUUGAAAGUCUAGUCGAGUCUGGAGAGAAGAUUGGACAGAGCGUCGACCAGCUCGACUCAAACUUACCGGCCCUCUCACUUGGUGGCAGCCAGACGGCUAAUUCUGCCGGAUCUGGCACUCUGUUCCGCAAGGGAGAUGCCUGGACAGUUACACUCGAAGACAAAAAUGUCAAGUCCGAGACGAAGCCUGCCCCUCAUCAUCUCAGCAUCGAGCGUAUCACACGGAAUGAAUUUCCAGAAGCCUUGGUCGCAGAUGUCGCAUACACAAUACCAGGAGUGCAGCCUCGGUCAUACAAGAUGUCUUUAGCAAGCACGACGGCAUCGGCAGAUGCAACAGCUUCAACUCACAAGCGCGGGGAUCCAAAUAACAAGACGCAUAUCGUCCUACCAAUCAGUGGCAAGUUAGUCGAAGUGCUGGUGGAUGAUGGCGACGAGGUGCAGGAAAAUGAAGUGAUUGCUUUUGUCAAACAAAUGAAAAUGGAGCUGGAGAUUAGAAGUCCGAGAGCCGGCAUCAUCAAAUGGGCAAUCGAGCUGGAAAAUGACGAAGGUGAUGAUGUCGCCGAAGGCGUUCUCUUGGCUGAGUUAGAAUCAGAUGAAGCUGGCAAGAAACCCGACAUUAGAUCAAGACUGUAA